AUGUUGGAGCUUUCCACGUCGGCCGGCGGGCAGAAAUCGAGGGGGGAGUUGGGGAUCGAAGUGCCGGGGAGGAAUUUCGGGGAAGAGCCGUCGUCGUCGGCGGUGGCGGAGUCUCCGGCGAGUCAGGGGUUCAGGUCGCCGAUGAGCCGGAUGCUUUCGUUUAAUUGUACCAAUACUAUAAAGCACACUAAAAUGCCUCGUUAG